AUGAGGUAUUCCAUCGUAUUUAGCGGAAUCUGGCUGCUCCUCUCGUCUCUCCCUCAGCAUGUCUCCUCCAAAACCAGCCAUAGACAAUGUCGCUGCAUCUAUGGCUCAGAUUGCUGGCCUUCCGAUACAGCCUUCAAUGAGCUUGCUAACCGUGUCUCGCGACCUCUUUUACGACCUUCCCCUCCGCCCCUACCUUGCUAUUCAUCGAAGCAGGAAGAUGAAGCUGCAUGUGAAGAAGUGAAGCAACAGUACACCAACGGCACCUGGCGCUCGUCCCAAGUUGGCGAGAUGCAACUUCCAAACUUUGAAGCAUAUCUCUUCCAAAACGGAACUUUCGAUUCAUGCCCUCUCAACUACGCCUCUAGCCACGUCUGCGGACAAGGCUCGGUGCCUCCAAUCGGCGUGGACGCUCGGACUCCACAAGACAUUCAAGCGGCAGUCAAAUUCGCCAACAAACAUUACCUUCGUCUUGUGGUUAAGAAUACUGGUCACGAUCUCCUUGGACGUAGUACAGGAAGGGGAGCAUUCCUCGUUUGGACCCACCAUAUGAAGGAGAUCAAAGUAUCGAAUGAUUUUGUUCCAUUGGGAGCUUGUUCCUCAGAACGAUAUGAAGGGAUAACGCUCGGCGCUGGAGUGCAGUGGUCUGAAGCCUACAGGGCUGCACAUGAGGCUGGUAGAACCCUUGUAGGCGGCAUCUCAGCAGGAGGAAGUGUUGGCGCUGCUGGAGGUUGUGUCAGGGCUCGUGCACUUAGCAGAACUCUGAUAUACACUCGCGCCUUCCCUAGACUCGGCUUAGACUUCGACACUUCGACUUCACAUCCCGACGUCUCGACUUUCGCUUCCAGCCAUACUCGAACCCUCGACUUCCCCAACGUCUUCAGCCGCACCGCCACCUAG